AUGACGAUAGACGACGACAUGUACGGCACCGAGAAGAGUUUUGGAAGAGCCUCGCAAGGGUCCGACUACUAUGGCGAAUCAUCACGGUACCAGGACGGUCUGGGGAGGAGGGUCAUCGAGAGCUUCAAGCGGGACCCGAAUUUCGCCAUGACUAUGACGCCAAAGGGAAGCAUGGGAGCCGACGGGAACGUUUUCGAUCCAGAAGCCGCGGCGGCGAACACGGCAAACUCACCACUUGCGCGGAGACUAAAAGGUCGCCAUCUGCAAAUGAUAGCAAUCGGAGGAUCCAUAGGUACCGGUCUAUUCGUCGGCUCAGGGCAAGCGCUAGCAAAUGGUGGUCCAGCAUCGCUCGUCAUCUGCUACUGCCUUGUAGGUAUCAUGUUGUACACCACCGUCCACGCAUUGGGCGAGAUGGCAGUACUCUUUCCUGUCGCUGGUUCCUUCUCGGCAUACUCGACGCGCUUCCUGGAUCCCGCAUGGGGCUUUGCCAUGGGUUGGAACUAUGCUCUCCAAUGGCUUGUCGUACUACCACUGGAAAUCGUCGCUGCGACCUUUACAAUAGAAUACUGGAACGGUGACAAGGUCAACAACAACGCUUGGGUGGCCGUCUUCCUGGUCCUGAUCGUCGUCAUCAAUCUUUUCGGUAUCAAAGGGUAUGGUGAAGCCGAGUUCGUCUUUGCUAUUAUCAAGAUCACAGCAGUUAUUGGUUUCAUUAUCCUCGGUAUCAUCAUCAACAUAGGCGGAGGCCCAGAUGGGGGCUACAUCGGCGGCAUGUAUUGGCGCGAUCCAGGUCCGUUCAACAACGGCUUCAAGGGUCUCUGCAGCGUCUUUGUCAACGCCGCGUUUGCCUUUUCUGGAACUGAGCUCGUCGGUCUUGCCGCAGCGGAAACGGCCAACCCACGCAAGUCCCUACCUACCGCUGUCAAACAGGUCUUUUGGCGUAUCUCGCUGUUCUACAUAGUCUCCCUGACUAUCGUCGGAUUGCUGGUUCCUUACAACGAUCCGCGUCUGCUUCAAGACAAGAACUCUGCCGAUGCUGUCGCCUCGCCCUUCGUCAUCGCUAUCCAAAACGCCGGAAUCCAAGGCCUGCCCUCUGUUUUCAAUGCCGUCAUCAUGAUUGCGGUUCUCUCAGUUGGCAACUCCUCCAUCUACGGUUCCUCGCGCACGCUCGCUGCACUCGCUGAGCAACACCAAGCUCACAGGAUCUUCGCAUACAUUGACCGCCAGGGUCGCCCUCUCGUUUCCAUUGCUUUUGCUUCCUCCCUUGGUCUCCUCGCUUUCCUUGCCGGCGCGGACCGUAGGCUACAGGACGCCGCCUUCAAUUGGUUGCUUGCGCUGUCUGCUCUCUCAGCGGUCUUUACCUGGCUGUCCAUCUGCCUAGCACAUAUCCGCUUCCGUCAAGGUUGGAAGGUGCAAGGGCACAGCUUAGAUGAGCUCGCCUUCCGCUCUCAACCUGGCCUCAUUGGAUCCUACGUUGGCCUCAUCCUCAACAUCCUCGUUCUCAUUGCACAAUUCUACGUGUCCGUCGCUCCAAUCGACAUGGACGUGCUUACAACAUCACAACGUCUCCAGCGUUUCUUCAGCGUCUACCUCGCGCUGCCAGUCACCCUUGCCUUUUACUUCCCCUACAAGUUCUGGUUCCGCACCUCGGUCGUGCGUUCGCACAACAUGGAUCUCGUCACUGGCAUCCGCGAGCUCAACAUCCAGGCACUGAUAGAAGAGGAGCGCGAGGAGAAGAGGAAGUGGCCAAGGUGGAAGAAGGUUUACAAGUUCUUUUGCUGA